UCUUUGUCCGAUGGUCGCGUGUUUACGAGCGGUUGUGUCAGCUGUGUGUCAAGAGAACGCAAGCUUCAUGUCUGUGUAUGUGUGCGUGUUAUGUACGAAGCGUGUGCAGUCUCUCUGGCAACGUGUACGGCUCGACAGCACUGCGAGGAGGUUAGGACGAGGCGCGAUCGUGGUGCCGGUGGUGGUGGGCUGCGUGCGUUUCCCCGAGAAGAGCGCGCCACGACAGAAACGUGUGCCUCUGUCUAGUGUCUGCGUGCCAGCCCGCUCGCUCAGCCGCUUCUGGUGAAUUCGUAUAUGGUGAAUUAUUGAUCCGCGGCGGCGUGUGCGUGCGGAAAAACCGCGCGAGUUAAACAAUCGUAUUUUAACGAGCGCAGAAAAGAAAACGGCGUGUAACGAGCUGCAAGGAUACGAGUAUAUUACCGGCUCACGGUGUGCACCCCGGUGUGUCAUGUUUUGAAAACUGUGCGCGCGCGAACACGCACACGUACAUAUAUCGCGCGUAGUUUUGUACGAGUCUGGAGGUGGAGCAGUGGUGGUGGUAGCGACGGAUUUUCUUUCCCCUAGGCGGGACCAAGCGAAGUGUUCGCACAUAUUCCAUUGCUCCCAACGUAACGUGCGGUCUACGUGUCUUUCUCCUUUCCUGUCAUUCUCCAUUGUCUCUAUCUCUCUUUUUCUCUCUCCUUUCUUUCUCGCUCCGUUUCUCCCGCUCUUUGUCGCGUGUGUGCGUUUCUCUCCGUCUCGCUCUAUCCGCGUUACCUUCGCCGCGUGUGCGUCAACGAAACUAAACGCGGGAAAAGCUCGGCGCGAAAAUAUACAUAUUCCCGGAGGGAAUGUACGCGGUGUUUAUCGCGAAACGCGGAGCGUUUUCGAUGCUCGGCCAGUGAGUGCCCUUACAUAGUGCGGAGAUAAACUGUUACGGAUAUUUUGACGACGAGCAGUCGGAGUCGAAAGUGUUGUCGUCGUCGUAAGACGACGGCGACCGCGAUCACAACGACGACAACCACCACGAUUAAACGUUCGAGGAAAUUGAACGCGACGCUGUAGCUUUGUCGCGCUCUUUACCUCGCGUCUUGAUAAUCCAGGACAAGCGAACCUUACCUCCACCACCGCGACUUGGAUGGAUACUGUGCAUUAUUUCUGGAGUGCACCCACGUCGCCGUCAUCCUGACCUGCCCGAGAAAUCCUCAUGAAAGACUGGGAACUCAGUACUCAGAAUAGCAUCGGCAGUGCGGUGGCUGCAGCCGACACCAUUUCCGCGCCGUGGACUCCAGCGAGUUCCGGGCCGCCGCCCGACGCGAACGGCUCCGGCUCGGAUACCAAAAACCUCGACGUUGGCGAAAUUAGCGAUGACGAAAAAGACUUAUCGGCAGCAGACGCGGAGGGUGUAUGGUCACCGGAUAUCGAGCAGAGCUUCCAGGAAGCUCUCACUAUAUACCCACCAUGUGGUCGACGCAAAAUCAUCCUGUCCGACGAGGGGAAGAUGUACGGACGUAACGAGUUGAUCGCCCGUUAUAUCAAAUUGAGAACAGGCAAAACGAGAACGCGAAAACAAGUCUCUUCACACAUACAAGUACUCGCCAGGCGAAAACUGCGUGAAAUUCAAGCAAAACUCAAAGUGGAUCAUGCCGCCAAGGAGAAGGCGCUCCAGACAAUGUCGAGCAUGUCGAGCGCCCAGAUAGUAUCAGCUGGGAGUGCGAUACACAACAAGAUGCCCCCCGCCCUCGUGGGGCCCCUUGCCCUACACGCUUCCACCCCUGUCUCCUAUCCCGGAGCGCAAUUCUGGCAGCCGGGUCUGCAACCAGGAACGUCCCAGGAUGUCAAGCCGUUCUCGCAACCGGCAUACACCGGGAAACCAGCGACGGCGGUGUCGAGCGGCGACAUGGUGCAGGCUCAGCCACCCCCGCCAUGGGAAGGACGUGCCAUCGCGACCCAUAAACUCAGGCUUGUCGAGUUCUCGGCCUAUAUGGAACAACAAAGAGAUCAGGAUAUUUACCACAAACACUUGUUCGUCCACAUAGGAGGAUCCGCGACAUACGCGGAUCCGUUGCUAGAGGCUGUUGAUGUCAGGCAAAUAUAUGAUAAAUUCCCGGAGAAAAAAGGUGGCCUGAAGGAACUUUACGACAAGGGACCACAGGCAGCCUUCUUCCUCGUUAAAUUCUGGGCUGAUCUCAAUACGAACAUCCAGGACGAAGCUGGAGCCUUUUACGGCGUAACAAGCCAGUACGAGAGCAAUGAGAACAUGACGAUAACGUGUUCGACCAAAGUCUGUUCGUUCGGGAAACAGGUGGUAGAAAAAGUGGAGACAGAAUACGCUAGGUUUGAAAAUGGCAGGUUCGUCUACCGUAUUAGCCGUUCGCCCAUGUGCGAGUACAUGAUCAAUUUUAUACAUAAAUUGAAGCACCUGCCAGAAAAGUACAUGAUGAACAGCGUUCUUGAGAAUUUCACCAUUCUCCAGGUUGUUACGAACAGGGAUACGCAGGAGACGUUAUUGUGUACGGCAUACGUGUUCGAGGUGUCGACGUCCGAACACGGUGCACAACAUCACAUAUACAGAUUGAUCAAGGAUUAACCUGCUUGAACCUGCUCGCCAUGCAGCCAUCCACCCCCAUCAGUGCCUACCAUCACAUAAAGAAAUCAUCCAUACGCGCACAUACACGAUUACACAAAUUGAUAUUAACCUUUUGAAGUGCCGUGCGGUAGUUUUUAAAAUUUCUCUUAUUCCGUUUUACCAACGUUCACGUCGACAUAAAUAUUAGAAGUAAUGUUUAUGAGCAAUCGGAUGUAAUACUUGUAUAGUAUACAUGUACAAAAAUUCAGAUUUUAAUUCAUUUGCAUGUUACUUGGAAGAUGUACCUUUUUAUACAAUUUGAUUUUGCUUUCGUUUUAACUUGAUCUGUCUUAGUUACGUGUACUCUUCAAGGGGUUAAACGUGAAUACAUUGUAAUUGUAAACACGUUCACAGUUUACUCGUACAUCUCGCGUCUACAUUGAAUAGGGUUUCCGUUGAAAAUGUUCUACCACAGAUCAAACAUGUUUGUCAGAUGUUCAUUUAGGACGUAAAUUCGGAUACAUAUAUAUUUGACAAUCAUUGUAUAAACUAGAUAUGCGUUUAUCUGUAUUCGUUUAUUUCAACCGAUCAAAUUACAUGUUUCAUUCAGUAUUUGCGAACAUUUUCUACGAAACUCCUUAAAGAGAACUUAAAAUUUACACGUGAACGCGCGCGCGAAUACACACGUACACACACACAGACAUACAGCACACGUAAACACAUACUCGCGUUUACAAGUUAGAAGUACUGGCCAGCCCGAGCUUGAGUUUGAUUCAUUUGAAAUGAAAAAAAAAGAUUGUAGUAAAAAUACAUAAUUGGUACGCGUGCUUUGAUGUACCAAGAAGAAAAAGAUGUCCUGUGUGGAACACUGCAGGAACCGCGUUCCAGAUAUGACGGAAUUGUAAAUUUUAUAUCGAAACAAAUGUAAUCGUACAUAUAUUUUAUGAAUAUUCCGUCAUUCGCAUACAAAUGUUUCUAAUUCGUCGAAGUUUUAAUAAAGAGAUAUAAUAAAAGUUAAGUUAAAAAAAAUUGACGACAAUAAAUUUGGUAUGAAACAUUGUAAAGUCGAGGAUAAUGUGUGUACCAAAAUAGAGAAAACAAAAAAUAGGGAAAAAAAUCAUAAAAAAAAUAAUAAGAAACAGACUCUGAUCUCGGCAAGGCGUGGUACCAACAUAAUUUAGUAUUAUAGUUUUAUUAUUAAAUUAGGAAAUAGAUCAGACAGGACAUCCACACACAGAUAUACAUAUAUUACAUAUAAGAAUAUAUAUGUUAAAUAUUAAUGCAAUGAUUACAAUUUACAUUGUUAUAAAUGAUCGUGUAUAAAGUUAUCUAAGUGAUUUCUAAGUUUUAAACGAAAUGGAAGUUGAAUAGAGAGGUAUGCCAUUAUGAUUUCUUAAGUCUCCUUGAUUACAUUAUUACAGUUUCGUUUUUUCUUUUUUAACUAUCCAAAUCGAGCAAGGUCAAAAAUCGACGUGUAAAGACCUUCCCUUAAGCUUUUUUGUUGUAGAACUGUUUUCUUUUUUUUUAGCUGUAUUACAACUAACGAUAAGAAUUUCUCGCUGCAGAGCUUUUUAUUAAUUCUCAAUGAUCAGAUAAAAGAAAGACUAACGAGAACGUUGACCAUUUUUAUGUACUUUUUAAAAAGUGAUCUUCGAAUUGCACUUGCAAUUGUGCAAACCCACCCGUUGUUAGGCAGCGACACUUAGAUUAAAGGGAUGUGUUUGUAUUUCUUGUAAUCAUUUUAUUUCUUACUCUAAGAUCUUUCUUUUUUUCUAUAGCUCUUACAUGAAUGACUUUCUUACUUAGCGUACUUCGUUUGUUUUUAUCUUUCUACUAUAUUUACAGCAAGUACAUCAGAAUUGCAUCCAUCGUUCACGCUAGAUUAUAAAUAGUGUUUAUCAAAGAGAUUUUUUCCUCCAACUUGGUAACAUGAUCUUACCAAUUUUCAACUAAACGUUCAAGAAUGCAAAUUACAUUCGAUUUUUAAUGUAAAAAUUAAAAUAGCGCGAUUUCGGAUCUGAGCUCUCUAAAUUCGAGCAAGCUUUCAUAAUGAAAAAUCUUACUUCACAACAUAAUUUCGUACUUAAAUAUCGUUUUGACGUUUCAAUAUAUACGGACCAAAAAUGUUUCAUACCGAUAUUGUUUUACCAUUUGCAAUGAUGAUUAUUUAAGAGAGUAGAGGACCAUUGAAUCCUGCGAUUAAUUUUUAUUUAGUCACACCUCUCGCAGAGACUAUACGUGUGCAAUUGCACAGAAAACUUUUUACGUAUUCUUUAAUCUGAUCAAUUGCGUGUUCUGAAACAGGACUUGCCUAUAGAGCAGUGAAUACUGAGGUAUCGCAGAAAUGAAUCAUGUAUACUUUAAGAAAAUAAUUAAUAUUUACCGUAUUCUUUACUUUAAUUAACUUUUACGCAACAAGUGGCAAUGUAUUUUGAUCUCUCUUUUUAGUCAGAAAUAUGUCGCUUUUUAUUUGGGGUGAGAAUUGAAUUUGCUAAGUGAUUGACUGAAUAAUGAAGAAACUUGUGUAUUUAAAUGAUAAUGUACAUGGCUUUCAUUCAACAACUGGCAGCUGUCACGAUUUUUACUUAUUGUUACCUUUCUUUUUGUAAUAAUUGAUCUUAAGUCUUGUUUUUACAUAGUAUAUAUAUACAUAUAUAUAAUAUUAUAUAUAUGCAUAUAGUAUUAUAUAUAUACAUAUACAUAUAUACAUAUAUAUAUAUAUUGUAACUUUGCUAAAUUGUGUACAUGUUAAGGUAGAAUUGGAACCAUCCAGAUGUGAUGUCGCUUAUAGAUUCCGUUAUUUUAACUAAUAAUACUUGUUAGAUCUUAAAAGAAAAAAAGAAAAUAUUUUUCUGUAGUUAAAAAUAAAUCUUGAUGAAAUACCUACGUGAAAUAAAAGUCAUUUUAAUUUAGUCUAAUUUAAUUGAAGACACACAUGGUGGUUUCAAAUCAACCUGAGUUAAAGCGUUAUUUUUUGAGAA